AUGUCUAAACCAACCCCUAUCCGUUGGGGCAUCAUGGCCACCGGCGGAAUAGCACGAACCUUCACCAAAGACCUCCUAAUUGACCCUCAAACCCGAGGGACAACAGAUAUCCUCCACCAAGUGACCGCAGUAGCCUCAUCUUCCUCAAUCGAGAGCGCGAAGAAGUUCAUCUCCGAGAAUGUCACCCCAAGGCAAAAUGAGGACAAUCCCAAGUGCUCCGCAUAUGGCUCCUACACCGACCUGGUCAAAGACCCAGCUGUCGACAUCAUCUAUGUUGCAACGCCGCACUCGCACCACUACCAAAACGUGAUGCUCUGCCUGGAAGCCAACAAAGCUGUCCUCUGUGAAAAAGCCUUCACCGUCAACGCCGACCAAGCCCGCAUCCUCUACAAGACCGCCAAGCAGAAAAACCUCUUCCUCAUGGAAGCUGUCUGGACGCGGUACUUCCCCCUCUCCAUCUCAAUCCGCAAGCGCAUCACCUCCGGCGACCUGGGCGAAGUCCUCCGCGUCAACGCCGAUCUCUCCAUCGGCUUACCCCCGGAAGAAAACUUCCCUGUAUCCAACCGCAUGAUCAACAAAGAUCUUGCCGGGGGCUGUCUCCUCGAUCUGGGCAUCUACAGCCUAACCUGGGUCUUCCAAACCCUGUACCACACCCUCCCGCCCAACCAACGUCAACCGCCCAAGGUGAAAGGUGUAUCCAUGACGCCCGAACCGCGUACCGGAGCCGACGAGAUGACAACCAUGCUCCUUGAGUUCCCGAAAUCGACGCCCACCAGCCAGACUACCGCUCACGCCAUCGCCACAACAGCGCUAAGAGUAGACGACGACCCGGAUAACCUCGACUCCGCGGGUCCGGCAAUCAGGAUUCAAGGUACCAAGGGUGAGAUCCAAGUCUACGGCCCUGCAUACCGACCCUCGAAGUACACAUACAUUCCCUGCCGCAACCGAGACAAGGGUGAGAAGGGUAAUCCGGAGGUCUCUGAAUUUGAGUUUCCCGGUGAAGGGCAGGGCAUGUAUUGGGAGGCGGAUGAGGCGGCGAGGUGUUGGCGGGAUGGGAAGUUGGAAAGUGAGGCCAUGUCCUGGGAGGAGAGUACGGUGAUUAUGGAUGUUAUGGAUGAGGUGAGGAGGCAGGGUGGGUUGGAGUAUCCGAGCGAGAUUGAGAGUACCGAGUAUCCCCUGGAUCUGAAGAGGAGGGAAUCGUAG